GUGUGGGACGCAGGGACGGAGGAAGGCGGGACGUGCAGAAGUUGUUCACGUUGGCAGAGCGCACCGCGAGUCCAACGUCUCCACGCUCGGGAGCGCAAAGGAAAAUGUUUUUCUAAUUUCACGCCUUCACAGACGCCUACAGUGGGUUAUUGACAAGACUUCAAUCGUCAGCGUUAAUCCUUUAUUCGCAGAAAGCAUCUCCAGGCUCCGAUGUUUCAAUGCAUUUCUCCGGGAAUCUGACAAACAUCCUCCUGCUGGUGCUCCUCGCAGCGCAAGGCUGUUUUUCAUCAAAGGGGGAGGACAGAUUAUUUCGGAGGUUGUUCAGGAGGUACAACCAGUUCAUCCGACCUGUGGAGAAUGUAUCUGAUCCAGUUACAGUGGAGUUUGAAGUCUCCAUAUCUCAACUGGUUAAAGUGGAUGAGGUGAAUCAGAUUAUGGAAACCAAUCUGUGGCUGAGACAUGUCUGGAACGACUACAAACUGAAAUGGGCCCCUGUUGACUAUGAUGGGAUUGAGUUCAUACGAGUUCCGUCUAAUAAAAUUUGGAGGCCAGACAUUGUUUUGUAUAACAAUGCUGUAGGUGACUUCCUGGUAGAAGACAAGACCAAAGCUCUGCUGAAGUUUGAUGGAACCAUCACCUGGGUUCCUCCGGCUAUUUUCAAAUCCUCCUGCCCCAUGGACAUCACCUAUUUUCCCUUUGACUACCAGAACUGCUCCAUGAAAUUUGGCUCCUGGACCUACGACAAAGCCAAGAUUGACUUGGUGCUUAUUGGCUCAAAGGUGAACCUGAAAGACUUUUGGGAAAGUGGAGAAUGGGAGAUCAUUGACGCACCAGGAUACAAGCAUGACAUCAAGUACAACUGCUGCGAGGAGAUCUACCCGGACAUCACCUACUCCUUCUACAUCCGCCGCCUUCCUCUCUUUUACACCAUCAACCUCAUCAUCCCAUGCCUUCUCAUCUCUUUCCUCACGGUGCUGGUCUUCUACCUCCCAUCUGACUGCGGCGAGAAGGUCACUUUGUGUAUCUCCGUCCUCCUCUCCCUCACUGUGUUCCUGCUGGUCAUCACAGAGACCAUCCCUUCGACGUCGCUCGUCAUCCCUCUGAUUGGCGAGUACCUCCUCUUCACCAUGAUUUUUGUCACGCUCAGCAUCGUCAUCACUGUCUUUGUGCUCAAUGUCCACUACCGCACCCCAAUGACUCACACUAUGCCAGAGUGGGUGAGGGCUGUGUUCCUCGGGGUGCUGCCCAGGGUGAUGCUGAUGAGGAGGCCUAUUGACCAGGGCUGCUCCUCCCCUGCAAGUAUUACCGGAGGGUUGGGUGGUGGAGGAGGAGGGAGCAGCGGAGGAAACAAAAAGAGAAAAAGUAGCAUUGGAAGUGGCUCAGGGAGUGUAAGUGUUGGCGGUAUAACUGGGGGUGUAGCGUGUCCACCACUGGAUGGUGGUGCAGGAGGAGGAGGAGGAGGAGGGGCCACCUCAACUGGUGGCUCCAUGAACUGUGUGGAGUACGGCGAGAUGAACCGUGACAUGAACCGGGAUAUGAACAGAAGGUUCCCCUACAGAGGCAAGGAGGUACCGACUCCUGUGCCUCCCCCAAUGGUGCCACCCCAACCUCCCCAGGCACCCCAGACACAGGGGCCCCAGGAGUCAGAGCUACGCAAGCUGCCGAGGCCCCUGAAUGCCCCUUCGCCUGUCAACGCUGUUGUUGCCUUCUCCGUGGUGUCACCUGAGAUCAAGCAGGCCAUAGAGAGUGUGAAGUACAUCGCAGAGAACAUGAGGACUCGCAACAAAGCCAAAGAGGUGGAGGAUGACUGGAAAUAUGUCGCCAUGGUCAUCGACAGGAUCUUCCUGUGGGUUUUUGUGACAGUGUGUGUUCUGGGGACAUUGGGACUCUUCCUCCAGCCACUCAUCAGCUUCUUUAAAUGAGACACUUUAUCCUGAUCUCUCUUUUUUUGUCUACUUUUGUCCGUAUCUGUAACCGGCUUGAAUUACUUUGGGAAGUAUUCCUCCUGCAGCUCUUUCACAUCAAACGCUGGGCUGUCUUCUUUCUCCUUUGCUGCCUCUUUGUCUCUCCUCUUUCUGUCUCAUGCUCGUCUCUGGGAGUCCAUCAUCAGCCAUCACUUCUAGCCCUCGGCAAUCUGUUUCCUCACAUGACUUGCCCUGAUUUCCCCAUUUCUCCUUUGCCUUGCCCUAUCAAUGUGCAUGCAAUCCAGUCUCACAUCUGCUUCCCUUUCCAUUUCUCCUCUCCUGUGCCAUGUUUUGACCUGCCACUGCCUACUGUACAGCCCGUAUCUCUUCACAGUAAUCUUCUGGCUCCCAUUGUGUCCACGCUUCUCUGCAUUUCUAUUAUGUGUGUUUUACUGCAGUCAGUGUUGUUGUACAGUCUUAUACAAUGUUUAAUGAUGUCAGGUAAUGAAUUAAGUAAUUAUUAUUAUAAUUACUGUAGAAAAGCCUCUUAAGGAACAAAUCACUGAGAAAGAAGAACAUGAAUAUCUUUGUGUGUUUUACACUUUGUUAUUGUAAACCAGUGCAAGAAAGACAAUACACUUUUAAGAGAGCUUCAUCUAUAAUUUCUAAGAUGGAGAAAUAUUCUUAUACUGUAAGAAUAUUUUCUGACAGCUGGUAAAGAUAUCUAUGACGUUGUGAUGUCUUUUGUUGGGUUGACACUUUUUCUUUUAUAUCUUUUUUUUAAUUGUCUAUCUAUUUUGUGUACAUACGUUUGUAAAAUGGUGAGUUCUGCAUGGAGAAGGACACUGUCGAUGGCUGCACAAACACACUGUGUUCUCCACACAAUGAGUAUAAUCAUGCAUUAAACAUCUUCACUACACACAACUUCACACCAAACCUACAAUGUAGAGAAACACUCUUAAUUGCACAGUGUAGAUUAAACUUGUAAAAAGACUUAAAAAGGCCAAACUGUCUCACGUUAUUUCUAAUAAUAAAGAAGG